ACAUCCUGUGUCAUCUGAGGAAGUCAGAAAGCAAGACAGAUGAUGAACCACUGCAGUUAGUGCUUCAGAGUCAAAGGUUACACACACCAGCUCGGAUUGGAAAAACAUAUAAUAUUAUUAAUUCAGGUGUAGGAUAAUUUUAAGGGGGAAAAAACAGGACCAUGCUUCAAAGGGCAGCUUCAAAUGUCUCAGAUAAACCAAAGAACAUCAAACCAAAGAGAUCCACCAGUUUUGGAAAGUUUGACACGUUCAGGAAUUCUCCGAAGCUUGAGGAAGAUGGAACAGUUCUGGCCGAGGGCGAGGCUGGAGUGGAGAGGAAGGACAAGCCGAACAGUUUGGGGAAAAAGAUGAGGGCCAUCGCUUGGACUAUGAGGAGAGGGAAGAAACAUGUCAAGUCGUGCUCCGAGGACACGGAGGACGACAUAGACAGAGAAACUGAAGCAGGCACAGAAAGCAGCUCUCAGGCCACAAAAACGUCAAACCACUCAAAUAAUUCGUUAGAAAGUCUCUCCAGUGGACAGAGCUCUUCCAGUGCCAUGACCAGCAGCGUGGACGCAUCCAGUAGGCCAGACAGCCUGAGGCUGGAUGAGGACGUGUCCUACACCGGGCCGUUUUGUGGACGAGCCCGAGUACACACAGAUUUCCUCCCCAGUCCGUAUGACACAGACUUGCUCAAGCUUAAGGUCGGCGAUAUCAUCUAUAUCAUAAGCAAACAUCCUAUGGGGAUAUGGACGGGCAUGCUGAACAACAAAGUAGGAAAUUUCAAGUUUAUCUACGUGGAUGUGCUGCUUGAGAAAGAAAAAGACGAAGGAGAUGAUGAGGAAGAGGAGGAAGAUGGUCUUAAGAUCAGGCCUCAUAGAUUGUCCAAACGACCACGUCCCAAAACGUUGCUGGAGUUACUGGAGAGAUUGCAUUUAGAGGAAUAUGCCUCGACUUUGCUCCUGAACGGCUACCAGUCGGUGGACGACCUGAAGCAUUUAAAAGAGAAACAUCUGAUUGAGCUGAACAUCACCGAUCCUGAGCACAGAAACAAGCUCCUCGCCGCUUCAGAGGUCGUCUAUGACAUGGGCAGGGGCGAGCAGGACGAGGCGAAGGGCGAGCAGGACGAGGAGGAGGUGAGCGACUGUCCUCGGGACUCGGGCUGUUUCAUCCCAAAGGAGUGUGCCGACUCGAGCAGAGAGGACGCGGACAUUCACUAACAUCUCUUUACUCGGAGUUGACCUUUGACCAUUUAUGACUACUCACAAAUUCAACUAUUUGCGUUUUGUUCUGUUACCCUUCGGGUUUGUAGCAAUACGUCUGUACUUUUACUGUGUUAAUGUAUCUGCUAACUUUGUAUUUAUACAAGAUUUACUUAUAUCUUUUUUCUGUUGGUCUCUGUAUGUUACUAUAAACCUACUGUAUAUAUGUCUACUUUUGUAUACUGCCUUUUUUUUUUUUUUACUUCUUAGAAGUUAAUAAAUUAUUUGUUUAACCAUUAUUUCGUCAUAAUCUUCAAUCGUUUUUAACCCUUAACCUGGUCACUACUGCGUGUUGCACAUUUUAUUUAUAAGUGCCUUUCAAGCACCAAAGGACACUUUACAUUAAACAUAAAAAAAAACUACAUAGAAAUUUAAAUUUAAUAAAGAAUUGAGAAUAAAAUCAAUACAA